AUGUCCACCUUCACAAACAAAACCAUAGCCAUAACCGGUGGCGCCUCAGGCAUCGGCCUCUCCCUCGCCCACAUCCUGUACAGCCGGGGCGCGAACCUCAGCAUCGCCGACGUAAACCAAGCCCGCCUCAACACCCUCCAAUCCGAACUCGGCUCAGACGGAAUUUUAGUCUACGCCCUCGACAUCCGCAACCUCGACCAGGUCCACGACUGGCUGAAGCAGACCGUCGAGAAGUUUGGGGGACUUGACGGAGCCGCGAAUAUGGCGGGCGUUAUUAGUGAUGUGAGGGAGGGGCAUGGAGGUGGGAGUGGGUCGAUUGAGAAUCAGGAUGAGGGGGAAUGGGAGAGGAUUUUGUGGGUGAAUUUGACGGGAAUGAUGCACUGCCUCAAAGAAGAACUCAAACUCCUCAAACCCGGCUCCUCAAUCGUAAACGCCGCCUCCAUAGCAGGAAUCCGCGGCCUCCCCUACUCCGCCGCCUACGGCGUCUCCAAACACGCCGUCGUCGGCCUCACCCGGGUCUGCGCCAAAGACUACGGGCCCCGGGGCAUCCGCAUCAACGCCGUUGCGCCCGGCUACGUCGACACGCCGAUGCUACAGACGGCCGAGAAAGGGCGCGAGGACGCCGUUGAUGUCGGUGUUAAGGCCACGCCGCUCGGGAGGAAGGGCUUGCCGGAGGAGAUUGCGGCUGUGGUGGUGUUUUUGUUGGGGGAGGAGAGUGGGUAUGUUACUGGGCAGGUUUGGAGUGUGGAUGGGGGGUGGAAUGUUUAG